UGUGUGGGCAUAGAAGUAUUAUGUUGCCACUUGCGCAGUACUUGUACUAUAACACUAGAAGUCACAGCCGACUAUGCAUACAGUUAUAUAUAUGCUAACAGGAUAUGAAUAGCUAAAUCGCUGAAUUCAUUGAUUUAAUUUUCCCUUUAGAAUCAUGGCCAUCAACAAAAAGACAUGGAGGCUUUUAUGGUCGGAGAAAACUUAUAAUUUACCUGAAGUUGUUGAGAAUUCUGGCAUCCCAGUCCUUGUGAAGGUAGAUAAAGGCAUAUAUGAGAUUAACGAUGAGCGGUUCACACCCGGGGAUCUACUGCAAAUACACUGUAAGAAGACUAUCACCAAAGUUGUAUGUCGUGUAUUGGAGUCAGGUGAUGGAAGUGGAACUCAAUCACUAAGCAAACGAAAACAGACAGGAACUUUAGCGGAGGAUGAUAUCAGCAUUCCUGUUGAGUACAAACGGAAAAUGACCAUUUAUCGUCGUGAUGCCGGACACAAGGUCUACCAAACUGUCCCUCAGCUGGUAGAGGAACGGCCAAGGUAUGUACGUAUCAUCGACGCCUUCACGGACAAAAAAGGUAACACUAUCAGUGCUAAAUCUGACCUUGAAAUCUGUCAGGUUGAGAAGGGAGGCGGGCUGUCGUGUGUCUGUGAUGGAUACACAUACAAACUUAGUCUCGAACAACCGAUAAAAUGCCUUCUGGUGUCGGACAAUACAAAGUACACUAUUCAAGAGUUGAUCGACAGAUAUCCACUUCCUCAGACCGUGGAAUUCUGUAAAGCAGAAUCACCAAGCCAGCCUGUUACUGCUUACACAAGGGUAAAAGAUUCUUCCCUUGACGGCAAAUUUAUUGAGAUCAAAAGUGUAAUGGAACAGGAUGUUUACAUUGGUACCCUCAAUCCCUUUAUGCAAGCACAAGCGUCAACCAGCGAAAAGGGCAAACAAGGUUCAGAAAUUGUUGUUAUACCUUUCGAUAGUGCUACCACUUCCCAGCUUGAGGUUAAAAUACCACAGCAGCUGGAUGAUCCCAACUAUGGGAUGAUAUUGGCCAAGACAUCUCUAAACACGGAUGCUACUAUAACUGUUAUCGAAGAAACUAUUAACACUGUGAAUUAUCCUAAAGUUUUAUUUAUUCCCAUGAAAAAGGAUAUUAGAAAACCUCCACCCCCAGUGCCCCCUAGACCACAGAAACGCACACCUGGUAACCUACAAGGAAGACCAACGGCACAGUCUAACAAUAAGGGACCAGAUGACGAUGAUAGCGAUUAUGAGCCCAUUGGUCCGCCACCGAAUAUGUCCAAACCUGGUCCCAACAAAACAAAGCCGCCAGUUCUACCAAAACAGAAGACAAGCAGAAGCAAGUCUUUCCCAAGCAAGGAUGAGGUUAACGAUCCGUCUUUAUACUCUUCACAGCCACAAGGACUUAACUCCGAAGAUGAAGAUGAUCACCCAUACGAUGAAAUAGCGGACGCGGAAAGGUUGACUUUAGGAGGUCGAAGACCCAAGUCUGAGUCCGAUUCAGUUGAAAGCACCUUAUCCAAAGUACCACUGAGAGUAAGAGAGAGCUUAUUGAAAGUUCAAACUGAGUACAAGAACUUUUGGAAGAACAAAAUCACCAAUUCAGUAAGCGAUGGUGACAAACCAUCUUUAGAGAAAAUGCCAGGGAAGGGGAAGAGGUCGACAGCAAGUAUCUUUUAUGGCAAGACUGCAAACGAGAGGUUCAAACAACACGUGAAACCGCCCGUGCCAGAUCCUGGACCCUCAGACGCUAUUGACCAAGCCAAACAUGGAAUGGCGUCAAAG